CUGGUUCAGUUGGCGCUCGGCCGUUCAAGUGAUCAAGUUGUUUUCUGUUUCUGUGGCCCCACAAACCGCAACCCGCAAGGCUAAAGGGAGCUCGUAGUUUGAAUAAAAAUCGAAUCGUGCUGUUUGUGUGUGGCUCUCUCUCCCUCGCCUAGUAUUUCGAAACUGUUAGUGCAAUUAAUUAGAACGUGAUUUGGAGAACUGGCUUAAAUUGGCUUCCGAAACAUUGGAUUUGACAAAGAAGAGCAUUUGCAUUCGAUUAGGUCUGACAACACCAAUUGCCUGCAGGUAUGGCUGAAGCCCAUGCCGCCGUUGCAUUCUCGUUUGCCAUCACCCAUGAGGGCUUCGACAUCAACUAUGACCACGAGGUGCUCAAUCUCGUGUGGAACUCGGGUGUGCGCUCCUGGAAGAAGCGCUUGGGUCGUGCCAGGAAUGGCGUGCGCAACGGCGUCUAUCCGGCCCACAUCCAAAGUCUGUGGCUUAUUUCGGCCAUUGCUCUGGGAUUGCACUUUGCCGGUUACCAAGCGCCCUUCAAUCUGACCAACAGACUUCUCGUUCAUCUGCCCUCCAACACAGUUAACUGGCAGGUAACGGCCUGCUUCCUGGCGGCCCUGGUGAUCUGGCUCUCGAUUUGUUUCACCAUGCGGUACACAUUGAAGCUUCUACUCAUGUACAAGGGCUGGAUGUAUGAGUCGAGGGCGCCGGGCAGUCGCGUCUCGCUGCCCACCAUAUUGUGGGUGGCUGUGGUGCGCGUCCUGUCCAGCUGGAACAAGCCGGGCCUGUACAGUUUCCAGGGUUCCUUGCCCCGUCUGCCGCUGCCAUCCGUCAGUGACACCAUGACGAGAUACCUCCGCAGUGUGCGACCGCUGCUGGACGAUGAUAACUACACGCGAAUGGAGCGCCUGGCCAAAGAGUUUGAACAGAAUAUUGGCAAGAAGCUGCAAUGGUAUCUCAUCCUGAAGAGCUGGUGGUCCACCAACUACGUCUCCGAUUGGUGGGAGGAGUAUGUCUAUCUGCGCGGCCGCAGCCCCCUAUGUGUCAACAGCAACUUCUAUGGCACGGAUGCCAUCUUCAUGAACCUGACCAACAAACAGUCAGCCAGGGCGGCCAACGUGGUCUCCCUGCUUCUCAAUUUCCGUCGUCUCAUCGAGCACCAGGAACUGCAACCUAUCAUGGUCCAGGGCAUGAUUCCUCUGUGCUCUUGGCAGUAUGAACGAACCUUCAAUACGGCUCGUGUGCCGGGCUUGGAAACCGAUCGCAUCAUUCACUACAAGGACUCCAAUCACAUUGUGGUGCUGCACAAGGGUUGCUACUACAAAAUGCUCAUCUACCACAAGGGACGCAUACUGCGCUCUUGCGAGCUACAAGUUCAAAUUGAGGAGAUCCUAAAGGCCAACGCCACUCCCCUCGAUGGUGAAGAGCAUUUGGCUGCACUAACCGCCUGGAACCGCUCGAAGUGGGCCGAGGCCCGCAAUACGUUCUUCUCGCGAGGCGUUAACCAUGUCUCCCUGCGGACCAUUGAAUCUGCUGCUUUUGUCCUCUCCCUGGACGAUGAACCCUUCGAGUUUGACCUGGCGCGACCCGAGCUCCUGGACAAUUUCGGAAAGAAGCUCCUUCACGGCAACGGCUACAAUCGUUGGUUCGACAAGUGUUUCACCGUCUGUGUGGGCACUAACGGACGCCUCGGUUUCAAUGCGGAGCACACCUGGUCUGACGCUGCCAUUGCCUCACACAUGUGGGAGAACCUCAUCGUCGACGAUCUUGUAUCGGAUGGAUACGACGAAUCCGGCGACACCAAGGGCACACCUGAGUUCCAGCCCCCACUGCCCACACGCCUGAGCUGGGAUCUUUCCCCUUGUUUGGCCCAAAUUGAUGAGGCCACCAUAGACGUGACCAAGCUAAUCAAUGAAGUGAAUCUGCGCAUUCUGGUGCACCAGGAGUACGGCAAGGGAUUCAUGAAGAAGUGCCGCAUCUCCCCAGAUGCCUACAUUCAAAUGGCACUGCAGUUGGCCUAUUACCGAGAUGCGGGACGAUUCUCCCUGACGUAUGAGGCUUCGAUGACGCGACUAUUCCGCGAGGGAAGAACUGAGACAGUGCGCCCGUGUACCAUCGAGUCCGCAGCGUGGGUCAAAGCCAUGCAAAAUCAAAGCACAACCAACGACGAGCGCAUCAAGAUGCUACAAGCAGCCUGUGAUCGCCAUCAACUGGGCUAUCAGGAUGCCAUGUGCGGGCGGGGCAUUGACAGGCAUCUGUUCUGCUUGUACGUUGUCUCCAAGUACUUGGAAGUGGACUCGCCCUUCCUCAACGAAGUGCUCAGCGAGCCGUGGCGCUUGUCGACUAGUCAGACCCCUCACGGGCAGACGCCAAAGAUGGAUUUGAAGAAGCAUCCGAACUGCAUCAGUGCCGGAGGUGGCUUUGGACCUGUGGCCGACGACGGCUAUGGUGUCUCCUAUAUUAUAGCUGGAGAAAAUUUGAUAUUCUUCCAUAUCUCAGCAAAGACAACAUGCCAGCAAACGAAUGUACAGCGUUUCUCCGAGAACAUCUCCCAGGCACUGGCCGACAUUCGCAGCAUGUUCGAGCAACACAUGAAGGACCACCCGAAGCCCGCCAAAUCAAUCACAAACGGCGCAUCCACAUAAUUCAUAUUUUUAGACGCAUGUAGUACGAGAUUCUUGUUAGCAUUUGUUUUCUCUUUUCUAGUUGAUCGUUUUAACAUCCAUCUGAUUUGUCUUAUUGUAAGUUCCAUAUUAAGUGCAAAAGUCGAUGAAAAAUUUCUAAAAACAAUGCAAUUUUAUAUUAACUAUUGUGACUCGGCUGAUUUUUGGAUUUUAGUUUUAGAAAUCCCUUGCACAAUAUUCUAUGUUUCUCAACCAAUUAGUCUGUAAACGAAGAAAUCAUAUAUCUUAAGUACUAUAAAUACGUUUCCUUUUAAGCAAACCAA